AAAGGGCACGAAGGAUGAUGAAGUUCCUGUAUGUGCUGCUGCUGUCGGCCCUGUGUAGAUCUGCAGCAGGCAGUAUUGAGGGGAUGAAGCGACUGUACAGCGACCUGUUUGGAAACUACAGCACUAAAAUCAGACCAGUGUACAACCAGAGUCAACAUGUUGACGUUCACAGCCAAUUCAACUUGGUGGCCAUAACAGAAGUAGACCAGGUCAGACAGAUUCUCCAAAGCUUCGUGUGGAUGAAUUUAACAUGGCAGGAUGAGUUUCUCACCUGGAAAUCUGAGGAUUAUAGCGGCAUAAAGUCUAUACACCCCCCACUGACUGACAUGUGGAGGCCGAAACUCGUCGUACCAGUAUCUGUUGAGGAUCGGGAUGUCUUCAAAGACGAGACAUCCUCUAUUACAGUUAACAGCGAUGUUUAUCUGACUUUAUUUCCAUUUGAUGUUCAGACAUGCCAGUUCCGAUUUCUACCUGUCAGCUAUAAUUCAAAUGAGCUGAAGAUGGUUUCAUCGCUGGUCAGCGCAAACACCCAAUCGUCCACAGAAAACGGAGAAUGGAUUCUUACAGCUUCCAGAGCAUACACUACUGAAAGAACUUUCGUAGAUUCCACCUUCUCUUUCCUUUACGUUGACAUUGAUCUUGAAAGGCGACCGAUGUUCUUUGUCCUCAAUGUAAUACUACCUGUGGUGGUGCUUUCAUUUCUCAACAUAUUCGUCUUCUCACUUCCGUGUGAUUGUGGCGAGAAGGUUUCGUAUGCCAUCACGUGCCUUCUCUCUCUGACUGUAUUCAUGAGCAUCGUGAGUGGACUACUUCCUAAAUCAUCCGACAACAUUCCAAAGGUCACCGUGUAUCUAACGUGUCUCCUCGGUGUCAGCGUUCUGUCUGUGGUCGCCACCAUCCUCAUCAUCAUGAAAGAUCCUGCGAAGGCCAGCAAGAAAAUCCCACAGUCGACAUUGUUUGUGAUUCCCCGAUUUUGCUCCAUACCAUUUCCAGGAAGUAGACGCAGGGUUAUGGACCAGGUUCAGCUGGAUUCUAAAACCGAUGGUUCGGCUGGCAAUGGGAAUCCAACUGGAAAGGUUUCGGAAGACCUAAGUAGCUUUGGUGGGUACUGUGUAACUUCUGACUCUCUGUGUAUGGUUAUGUUCAUGACUCUAUGGAUGGUUGUGUCUGUGGGAUUCCUCGUCCAGAUAGCAAAAUAA